AAAAUUUGUCCUUCUGCGCGAUCCGGCCCUCAGAGGUCGUUGCUAGGUGCCGACGUCCGCUUCCUUACAUCUGAUUGGGUCUCAUCAUAGGUGGGGCGGGGUUUUACUGUGGUGCGCAUGCGUGCAGCAAGGAUGGCGGAAUCGGAACCUGAGCGGAAGCGGGCUCGCACCGACGAGGCGACUGCCACAGGAAGCCGCUCUGAGGCAGAGGAUGAGGACGACGAGGACUACGUGCCUUACGUGCCGUUGCGACAGCGCCGGCAACUGCUGCUCCAGAAGCUGCUGCAGCGAAGACGCAAGGGAGCUGCGGAAGAGGAGCAGCAGGACAGCGGCAGCGAGCCCCGAGGAGAUGAGGACGACAUCCCAUUGGGUCCUCAGUCCAACGUCAGCCUCUUGGAUCAGCACCAGCAUCUCAAAGAGAAGGCUGAAGCCCGCAAGGAGUCUGCCAAAGAGAAGCAGCUGAAGGAAGAGGAGAAGAUCCUGGAGAGUGUGGCCGAAGGUCGAGCUUUGAUGUCAGUGAAGGAGAUGGCUAAGGGAAUCACAUACGAUGAUCCAAUCAAAACCAGUUGGACACCACCCCGUUACGUCCUGAGUAUGUCUGAAGAGCGGCAUGAACGUGUCCGGAAGAAGUACCACAUCUUGGUGGAAGGCGAUGGCAUCCCACCACCCAUUAAGAGCUUCAAAGAAAUGAAAUUUCCUGCAGCCAUCCUGAGAGGCCUGAAGAAGAAGGGCAUCCACCACCCAACACCCAUUCAGAUCCAGGGAAUCCCCACCAUUCUCUCUGGCCGCGACAUGAUAGGCAUAGCCUUUACCGGCUCAGGCAAGACACUGGUGUUCACUUUGCCCGUCAUCAUGUUCUGCCUCGAACAAGAGAAAAGGUUACCUUUCUCUAAGCGUGAAGGGCCCUAUGGACUCAUUAUCUGCCCUUCGCGGGAGCUGGCCCGACAGACCCAUGGCAUCCUGGAGUACUACUGCCGCCUGCUGCAGGAAGACAGCUCACCACUCCUGCGCUGCGCCCUCUGCAUCGGGGGCAUGUCUGUCAAAGAGCAGAUGGAGACCAUCCGACAUGGUGUGCAUAUGAUGGUGGCCACCCCUGGGCGCCUCAUGGAUCUGCUGCAGAAGAAGAUGGUCAGCCUGGACAUCUGUCGUUACCUGGCCCUGGACGAGGCUGACCGCAUGAUUGACAUGGGCUUCGAGGGCGACAUCCGCACCAUCUUCUCCUACUUCAAGGGCCAGCGACAGACCCUCCUCUUCAGUGCCACCAUGCCUAAGAAGAUUCAGAACUUUGCCAAGAGCGCCCUGGUAAAGCCUGUCACGAUCAAUGUGGGGCGUGCCGGGGCCGCCAGCCUGGAUGUCAUCCAGGAAGUGGAAUACGUGAAGGAGGAAGCUAAGAUGGUAUACCUGCUUGAGUGCCUGCAGAAGACACCGCCGCCCGUGCUCAUCUUUGCAGAGAAGAAAGCAGAUGUGGACGCCAUCCAUGAGUACUUGCUGCUCAAGGGAGUGGAGGCUGUUGCCAUCCAUGGGGGCAAAGACCAGGAGGAACGGACCAAGGCUAUCGAGGCAUUCCGGGAGGGCAAGAAGGAUGUCCUUGUGGCCACAGAUGUAGCCUCCAAGGGCUUGGACUUCCCUGCCAUCCAGCACGUCAUCAAUUAUGACAUGCCUGAGGAGAUCGAGAACUACGUGCACCGUAUUGGCCGAACUGGGCGCUCAGGAAACACGGGCAUCGCCACUACCUUCAUCAACAAGGCCUGUGAUGAGUCAGUGCUGAUGGAUCUCAAAGCCCUGCUGCUGGAGGCCAAGCAGAAGGUUCCACCCGUCCUGCAAGUCCUGCACUGUGGGGACGAGUCCAUGCUGGAGAUCGGAGGAGAGCGUGGCUGUGCCUUCUGUGGGGGCUUGGGCCACCGGAUCACCGACUGCCCCAAGCUUGAAGCCAUGCAGACGAAGCAGGUUAGCAACAUCGGCCGCAAGGACUACCUGGCCCACAGCUCCAUGGACUUCUGAGGUGGCUGCCACCCCUCCUUCUCCACAAGGGGCCUCUGUCCCUGGAGCUCCGGCCGCCACCACCGCCCCCCAACCACACACACACCCCCGCCCCGUGGACAAGAAGACAGCAACCUCAGCUCAGCUGGCCUGGGUUGGGCCAGGCUGGACCUGGCUGCCUGCUCCCCAUGCCCCCCAGAAUUACUAUUUUUGCUCUCCUUUACCCUAGCUGCCAUUAAAGCACAAGCCUUUCUGGUCUCA